AUGGCAUUCCCAAAUAAAGAGCCGGUCCCUAAAGAAGUAGCCUAUAUGCAAAUGGUUCAAGAUUCAUGCAUUUUCAAAGUUGUUCUAAGUGGUGUAGCAGGAUUUGCGCUCGGAGGCCUGGUCGGGAUGUUCUUUUCCUCCUUCGAAAUGGGAGCAGCCGAUCCAUCGAUAUAUGAACAGCCAAUGAAACAACAAUUAAAAGCUACUGCGAAAGAUAUGUUCCAACGAUCUUUUUCUACGGCUAAAAAUUUUGCUAUCGUGGGUGCAAUAUUUACUGGUACUGAGUGUGUUAUAGAGGGGUAUCGUGCCAAAAAUGAUGUAUAUAAUGGCACAGCUGCGGGAUGCAUAACUGGUGCAAUCCUAGCUGCUAAAGCAGGGCCUCAGGCUGCUCUGAUGGGGUGUGCAGGGUUUGCCGCAUUUUCCACGGCUAUUGAUUUAUAUCUGAGGCGAGAAUAG